CUGGCUGUGUAAUCUCCUCACUGGGAAGUGUCAGUGAGGCCCGAAUCUCACACUCUGGGUCUCACAGGAGCUCAUUGAGGAACUGCCUGAUAACUCUCCAUCCGGCGCCAUCCUCACUAACUUCCUGAUUGCUGUGGGCAACCUCAGCACCAUGACACCUGCCCUGGAGCCAGUGUUGGAGACCCACCUCCUGUGAGCUGCCCUGCAUGCCAUCUUCACCCUGGGCAUGGAGAAGGACACUCCUCAAGUCCAGGAUAUGCAUAGGGUCUUGCCAGACCUCCUGGAUGCCAUGCUGGGGAACCUGCUGGCAGAAUCCCCAGACACCGACAGGCUCCACUACAUCUUGGCGGGCUGACCAUCCAUGAGGCUGAAGACAUGUGGUGCUGGGAUUAGCACCAAGACAGUAGGCUCUUAGGCUACAAGAACACAGCCAGAGUGGGGGAGGUGCUGAUCCCUACAUGCAUUCCUAUGUGCAUUCCAUUGUGGAUGACUGACAAGCAGUACUCAAGUGGAUGUGAGGAUGCAGAUGGCAGAGCCAUCUGGAGAACCAGUGUCCUAAAGGAAGAGUCAGUGGAGUUCUACAAUAGAGCAUAAUGUCUCGCAAACAUAAGUUUUCUCCCUUGCAAGUAGAAGGCAUGAGUGUGACAUACAUUGAGGGAGUGAAGUGUCUCUUUUUCAGAAGCAUGUGGUUUCAGAAAAAAUAUAGCUAUGUGCUCUAUUGCUCUCCCCUGGAAGAGGGAUUCCACUUCCUGCCUGAGAAUCCCCUCAUGAUGGUCCCUGAAGAGGGACAGGGAUGGCGUUUUGGAGGAGCAAAUGCGCUGGGAAAGUCUGCACAGCAGGUAGUGAACCAGGCUACAGAUGCAUGUCAGAAAGGUAUUGAUCAGGCUUGCAAGACUGCUCAAGAAGGUGUAGAAAAAACAACUGGACAAGCAUCAGAAGCCGUGUCUGGCCUUGGGAAAAAAAUUGGACUUAAGAAAUGAUGAUAAUUUAAACAAAGAGUGUGAGAUGUUGUAAAAUCAAUGUUUGCACUGCAAUUCAGUAAUCAUUUGUGCAGAAAUAUGAAAGCUGUUUGCGAUUUGGAUCAUUUACUGUGCUUAGCUUUAUGCCAUAUGCAGAAUGCUCACCCACUAGUUUAAAAAAAAAAUCUUGUAUGAUCUAGUCAUAAUCUCCCAUUCAACAUGAAUCAUAAAAGUUUCAGCAGUGACUAAAGUAUUGUCUGUCUCAUACAGUAUGUAAAGGUUGUUGAUACAUUAGUUCAAUGUACCUAAAAAUUUAAAUGAUGAAACUCUUAAUA